GACGGAGUCUCCGCAGUGAGCGUCGCGACGCCUUCGCGGAGAGUGUUGCAUGGAUCGCACGUUCGGUAAUCGCCGGUACACGAGGCGUCCCGCUCUCGUCGCGUAUUACAUUGGCGGUGUGCAGUGCCGAAGGAGUUGUUUCGCUUCUAUCGAGCUGCGAACCACCCCGAAGAGAAGAAGGGCGGCGCGGCGGUGGUGUCCCGUACCAUAGAAGCUGUAGCUGCGUUUCGAUCCGCCCGGAAGAGCUCUCUCUCUCUCUCUUUGGAUGACCCAGGACGGACUUCGCGCUGGAGCAACCAGAUAUCACACACAAGGAAACGACAGACAAUUGGAAGAGGCGCAGCGUCGUUUGGCCAUUGAGGACUCAUCUUUGGUCAUAAAAGGUGUCUGGUGGAUAAACGUGAAAGUGCCAAUAUCUCGCGAAUAAAAGCAUCGUCGACCAAACCAUAUACGCGACGCUAUACAAAAACGGAUGGGCUGGUGCGCGUCGAACGGUAAAAUCGAAGCAAAAUUGACGCCACGAACGAGGAUCCUGCUAGAAGAAUAUGAGGCCAUCGUCUGAGCGCCUGUUCGAUCGAGGAGAAUUAAUUUUCCUUCCGGUCAUUGGGUCAUGGCGAAAUGACCGUACUGCAAGAUUAAUAGUGUCUUCAUGAGAGCUCGGAUCUCACGUUAGUCGCUCGAUCAGCGAACAACAAGCAGUCCCCUUUCUCGACCCAUGAACGGGAGCGAGAGAUUCGUCAACUCAAGAAAGCAAGCCGCAUCGGGUGAAAUUCUCUUUGGAUCAACCCAAAAGGCGAAGACGAAGACAAGCAGAUAGUACUGACCGACUGAAUUUAAUCCGAAAUCUCUGUCAUCAAUCUUCCCAAAAUCUCGUUUAAAAUAUUACCUACUCUAUCCUGACAAAAGCGGAUAAGCAACGCCCUCUAAACAACGCAACGUUACGCUUAAAUGCGUGAAAAAUUGACAGUGGUCAAAAGUCAAGACGGAUCGAGGCAACGAAGGGUAAGUCGCAAAUAUCAUUCGGUAAAUAGUAAGAUCCGGGGAGAUAUAACACCUCUCUGCAGCAAUCCUCUUUAUUUGACCGGCAAUUCCCAUGGCAAUUGCUCUUCGUCUCUCCUGGAUUCUCAUCCAAGCCCCAUCGUCGUUCUCGCGUCUUCCCACGUCGCAGGCAUAAAAGUAUAACGACUUGGGACGCGUUACGUUCGCGGUUUACAGGGUGAGGGUGCAUGUAGUGCUCCCGUGAUAGCACGGGAUCGUCCGGCAACAUCAUAAAACUCGUGGAAGAGUCCACAUAAGAGCGGCGAAGACGACAACGACGACCACAACGUUUCGAAUUAUCGAAUAGCCGCAAAAAUGUGGCGAAUAACAUCAUUUUCGAAUAAAAUAAUUAUACGGAGUACAAAAAAAAUCGCAAUUUUUUAAAUAGAAGGACGAAGUAUUAAUAAUAAUCGGGCUGAUUGAGAAAUCAGAUUGAAGAGACGGAGAUAAUGAUAAAUGAUAUUCCUUUGUGUAAUUCUAUGGUCUUUAAUAUUCGCAAAGUGAGCGUAACGCGAGAGUGACGCAGUGCGGUGAACUGUUAAAACCUUUUGGUCCGGUAGAAUUCCGAAGAGACGUUGCCCGACGUGUUCGACACGAAGGAAUUCAAUCGCGAAAUGGACCGCGCGAUAUUUGAAUACUCGCGUAGAUUGUAGCGUCCGUAAGUUCAGUAAAUCCCGUAUCCGAAGUACAUAUUGUGAUCGUCGCACGCGGACAGAGUCCAUUUCCGCGGACAUCAUCGAUACUUCGAUACUUCGUCCGAUGUCUGUUCGUGCGCUGUUCGGAACUUGGACGGGCUGCAAGCAGCUGGGGAGCUUUAGAAUCUCUUCUUCGCAAGAGGAUCGAACGAGUUCACACGUGUAAUUUGUUUGGAGAACGCUGAGACGGUAAGAGAAUACCAGAGAUAUGGAUCACGUGCACGUGAAAUCGAGAUCGGCCUCGAAGAGCAACCCAACGAAGAUGGCCUGUGAGAAGGCGUCGAGACGCCUUAGGACGAUCCUCGUGAGGGCGUCUCGCAUCGGCGUUUCCACGGCGGAAGUCGCCAGGUUACCGGCGGCCAAGAAACUUAUCCCGCAAAGAGAUCACGGUUGGAAAUUGGCGGUGUUUCUCCUACUUAUGUUUGGAGGUGGAGUCAUCGUCGCCUUGGUGUGCACCGCCAGGAAAGGAUGCUCAAAACUGGAGGAUAUCAGUUUAGCGACCUAGCCGUUGCGGCCCAUUAUUCUCCGGGGACCGAUAGCGAUGUUGACGGCGACGAUGACAG